AUGAGCUUGAAGGUCAAUGGGCUAACAUUCGCGGCCACAGGCGUGGUGCCGGCCUCUGCAACACUCGCACGGGCACGACAUGGCCGCCGGUUGCGCUGCAACCCCACCGCCGCCGCAACAUCCCAUACCUUCGGCCCCGAGCAGCCGCUGCGCGAGUGGCUGGCACGUGAGGGCGGCUUCCUGCACCCGGGGCUCCGCCUGGUCGACAGGGCGCCGUGCGGCUGCCGCGGCGUGGUGGCUGCUGAGACCAUCCCCCUCGAGGAGCUGGCGGGCCACGGUCCUCUGGUGGUGGUCCCUAAGGACCUGCACCUCGAGAACACCGCCGCCCUCAAACUCCUGGAGAGCUGGAUGGGGCCCGCUGCGGCAGCUGACGCGGCAGCCGGCAUGAGCAGCGCGGCGCUCGUCGCAGUUGCCCUGGCGUACGAGAAGGCGCUCGGGGCCGCCUCCCGCUGGGCCCCCUACAUAGCCUCACUCCCAGAGGAGCCGCCUGCGCCCUGGCUGCUGCCGCGGGAGGCGCUCGCAGCGGCGGCGGCAGCGGCGAUCGCGGGGCGCGGUGGUGGGGGCGGCGAGGGCGGCUGUACUGAAUCAGAGUGGGUGGCGGCAGCCAAGGCGCGGCGAUCAGAGGUAGAGGAGGAGGUGACACGCGCGUGCCUCGCGCUCGCUGAUGCAGCUGCUGCAGCGGACGCGGCGCGCCACCUGGGCAGCCGCACAGCCGGCAGCACAUCCGGCUCGGGCGGCGACACCUGCGGGUCGUGGCUGACCCCGCCCCUGCUCACCUGGGCGUUGGCACAUGUCCAGUCGCGGUCGCUGGGCACUGCGGGAAGCAGCGGCCUGGUCCCUGUGGUGGACCUCCUGAACCACUGCGCGUCGGCGCGGCCCCCCAUGCUGCAGCUGGACGACAGCGACAGGCUGGUGGUGACGGCCCUGCCCACCAGGGGCGGCGAGGCGGCGCCGCUGGCCGCGGGGGAGGAGCUGCUCAUCAGCUACGGGGCCAGGGCCCCCCUGGAGGGCUGGCUCAAGUUCGGGUUUGUGGCGGAUGAGUGGUGGGAGGGGGCCAGGGACGAGGAGGUGUAA